AUGGGUGCAGUCGACAAUACGAACAUUCAAACAAAUCAAUGGUGCAUCACCUUUUUGGUUGGUUUCAAAUCACCUGAUGUCAUUCGACCGAAGAUGGUGCAAGGUUCAGCUUCACCUAUCGGCACUGUCUUUCAAAAUCAAACAACUUUCUCAAUUCAAACAUCGAUCUCAGUCAAUCGUCCAACCCGUAACGGCACGUAUAUCUACUUUUACUUUGCCAAUGGCACUCUUGUCCAGAAGUAUGAUUGUGGCUGGGAACCGGAAGUCACAUACACGGGUUUCACCAUUGUCAUUCGUUUUCCUGUUGCACCAUGGCAACCUGGAGCUUUCUACUAUGUCAACAUGGACAGUGGAGUGGCAAGUGGAACUGAGUUUUGUGGUCCAGAAUCUGCACCCAUCACUGAUCCGAGCUUCUGGGUGUUUAACAUCUGGAAUCCUGCACUCUCAUCCACAACAACAACCACGACCACACCCUUUACAACUGUCACAGUCACAACAAAACAAACAUCGACAACAAGUAUCAACACUCUCUUAACAACAACCGGUAUUGUUGUGACAACCACCAGUCCACCGACAACAACAUCCACAGCUUCAACAACGGCACCACCCACGACAGCUGCACCAACGACAGCUGCUCCAACGUCACCUGGUUCGACAACUGAAUCGACUGUUGCUGUUUUGUAUCCGAAAGACUUUGAAGAUAUCUGUCUUCAACCUAUUGCUAUUCUGACUGCAGCAUUCUUUGCUGCAAUGGUACCAAUUCAAGGUUUGGCUUUGUUUGCUGCAUUUACCAAAUUAGCAAACACAUUCAAUCCAUCGAAGAUCAACGCACAAACGAGACACAAACAAAGAAUGAAACGAGUCAUGAAAAAAUAG